CUACAGCCUAUGAUGUUAUUACUUAUUAUUUUUAAUUUAAAUGCAAUAAAUACGUGAAUAGUGAAUAAUAUGCAUUAUAUAUUAUAUCCUUCAUAGUUCAUAUUUUCAUAACGGCUUGAGGCUUCAAACGUCAUCGUUAAGUUUUAAAGAAUAGAAUCAGUCGUUAUACCUACUUAUAAAUUUAUAUCUAUCAUCAUGAAAAUCUACCGAUUAAAUGUCCAAAUUCGUACAAUUUACACUAGUAUUCGUUUGCAAAUGAAGCCAUCUGAACUCUAUGAUCAACGGGUGAGUGAUGGCCAAUUAAUCAAUGAUGAUCAUCAGCGCAAAAUCGUCAAACAGCUUGAUGAAGUGUAUACAUCGUUGAAAGAUUAUUCGCCACCAUCUCAAAGUGUGAUUUCAAAAUUAUUUGGUGGACUGAAAAAACCUUUAAAUGGUGUUUACAUGCAUGGAUCGGUUGGAUGUGGUAAAACCAUGUUAAUGGAUUUAUUUUUUUCCUGUUGCGAAGUAAAAAAAAAACGAAGAGUCCAUUUUGAUGAGUUUAUGUUGGAUAUUCAUAAUAGAGUUCAUAAUUUAAGAUUGAGCACUAAAAACAAUUUUGAUGCGAUUCCAAUGGUUGCUGAUACAAUACUAGAACAAUCAUGGUUACUUUGUUUCGAUGAAUUUCAGGUGACUGACAUAGCAAAUGCGAUGAUAUUAAAACGACUAUUCACUGAGCUUUUUGAUAAAGGUAUGGUUAUGGUAGCGACCAGCAAUCGUAAACCAGAUGAUCUAUAUAAGAAUGGAUUACAAAGAUUUUUGUUUUUACCAUUUAUACCAGUGUUAAAACAACAUUCAAUAGUAGUAAAUCUGGAUUCUGGUAUUGAUUAUAGAGUUAUAAGAGCAAAAAGUGGAUACAAAUCAUAUUUUGUGCGAAAUGUUGAUACCAUAAAAGAUUUUGAAAAUUCCAUAAAAAGAUUUACAAACAGUGAAAAUGAUACUGUUAGACCAAGAACUUUAAUUAUUAUGCAAAGAAAUCUUACAUUCCAAAGAGUAUGUGGACAAAUCUUGGAUGCUUCUUUUGAAGAACUAUGCGAUAGGCCUUUAGGAGCUGUGGAUUACUUAUAUUUAGCUCAAAUGUUUCACACAAUAGCUAUUAGAGAUGUCCCUCAACUGGAUUUAGAUUCAUUAUCACCAUUAAGACGUUUUAUCACUCUGAUUGAUACACUUUAUGAUAAUAAGAUAUUUGUUCUAAUAUACGCAGAUAAACCAGUAAAAGAAUUAUUUGUAGCUAAAAAAACAGGUGGAUUAGAUGAUGAUCAAAAAGUUCUUAUGGAUGAUUUAAAUUUACAACCCGAAUCGACCAAUGCUAAAGCCAAUGUAUUUACUGGGGAUGAAGAAAUAUUUGCUUUUGAUCGAACAGUGUCAAGGCUCAUAGAAAUGCAAUCAAUUGACUAUUGGAAAAAUAACCGCUCAAAAGUAUAAUCCUAAUAAAAUCGGAAUUAGUUUUAAUAAUUGGUUACCAUUUUUAUAAUUCUGUUUAAAGGUGUUAUUUGUUUUUGUCUUGUUAAGUUAUGAUUAUUGAUUAUGAAUCAUAACAAAAUUGACUAUUUAGAUGUAGGUAUUUUACUAUUUUGAAUAGUAUAU